AUACAUUUAGGUUUGUCCUCGGGAUUUCGCCAUAUCAGUUCUGUUAUACUCAGACAUUUAACAGUUUUAGAAACGUUAGUGUUUUCUUUCCAAAUCUACAAAUUAUAUGCAUAUCCUAGCUUCUGGACCUCAGUAACAGGCAGUUUACUUUGGGCAAGCUUUUCAUCUGGAUGUCAAAAUACCGCCCCCUAGAGGUUAAUUGAUAAAUCACCAGCAUUCCAUGUAACGUUGAAUAAAUACAUUAUAUUAGUUACUUUGGUUAAUGGGCCAGUUUCCCAGACACAGAUUAAGUCUAGUCCUGGACCUUAAAGAACUUUCUAUUGAAACUUCCAUUGAGCAUGCUUUUUAGUCCGGCACUAGACUCAAUCUGUGUCCAGGAAACAGGCUCCAUGUGUAUUACUGACAUGCUUGUCCUUGUUCAGGACUCCACACACAGACUUCAGAUUGAACCCUUGACUUCCACUGUCCAGGGAGUGACAAUGUUCAGACACAGGACACCCAAAGGGAGUUAUGAGUGCACAGUGUCUGGGCUCCGCUGGCUGUGUGAGAGAGAUGUCAUUCUGAAGUAUCACCUCAGGAACUGGGAACCCUACAGUCAACCUCUGAAAGACAUGCGGUACACACAAGGUGGUCCAUUGCUGGACAUUACUAUGGAGUUAGGUGAACUGGAGGAAGUUCAUCUGCCACACUUUGUCUGUUUAGGGACCAACCCUUCCCUGAGGAAUGAGAUGAAGAUUCUUCAUGUAGAGGAACAUGGAGUGUCUUUAGAGGAAGUGCAUGAGGUCACCAGAUUCCAUGCUAAGAUUCUCCAUCCCAAGUCCUCAUCGGUCUCUGUUGUACUGAACAAAAUCGCCUGUUGGAACGUAGAUGUCCACUGUGACGUGAUCCUCUAUUUGGCAGUAAAAAGGUCAACAGUAAUUUCAAGGCUGUACCUGCUCCUCAGAAACUCCAGUCAGAAAGAGGCUGUUCAGGACCGGGAGAAAAAUCAGCUGUCCCAAGGAUAUUCUGAAUUUCUCCUGUCAAGUCCAAACGGGUCCUUAAAGCUGAACAAUUGGUUUGCACUCAAGAAUCCCCUCUCCACCUCCAUCAAUCCAGAGAAGAUUCAGCUGUUACCUGCAGACACCACACCAAGCUGUUGUAAGAUGAUAAUGGGAAACACAGGGGUUGACAUUGAGAUGGAGUUAAUCGGGGAUGAUGAGAAGACAGCGUGGAGAGAUAUGCUACAAGCAGAUCAAUACAUCACUGACACCCAUUCAACUAGUGCUGUGUUGGGGGCAGGGAGUCCGCCUGAGAGAAGUCUGACUGGUUCUGCAGAGCAGCAGCUGCGUUCUGUACGGACGGAGUUUGUAAAACGAGUGUCAAGACCUGUCCUGGAUGGUCUUCUGGAAAGACUCCUGCAACACACAGUCAUCAACCAGGAGGAAACGGAGUCAGUGAAGGUGAUCGCUGAGAGGGCAGAGAAGGCACGUGACAUCAUCGACAUGGUGUUGAGAAAAGGAACUGAGUCGUGUUCCAGGAUGAUCAACCUUCUUGUGGAGAUGGACCCCUGUCUUUGUUCACAGCUUCAGAUCAAUGUCAGGGUACCAACCUAAUGGUAGAAUAGAUAGUUACAGUGUUGGGGUACCAACCUAAUGGUAGAAUGGAUAGCAACAGUGUUGGGGUACCAACCUAAUGGUAGAAUGGAUAGUAACAGUGUUGGGGUACCAACCUAAUGGUAGAAUGGAUAGUAACAGUGUUGGGGUACAAAAUACAAAAAUAACUGUACAAAUGUUAUGGAGACACAGUGUUGUUUAAAAACAUUGAAUAUAAGAAUAAUAAUUGGAAUCAUUUGGACUGGGGAGACCUGCUCCUAGAUCAACAUGCCUAUUCAAUGUUUAGGAUUACCCUGAAUGCUUUCCCCCAAAACAGGGUAGGGACCUACCUGAAUUUGUCCAAAAUAAACCAUUUUGAAACUAUUUGCAACAACUGUUUUGUUUUCAAAACAUUGUGCUACUGUGGGUGACUAAUGAAUACACCCUUGAUCUGACUGGGCUGUAAAUCUUUGUCAAAAAAGCAGCAACCUCCACCACCCUCUUCAGAGGACACAUCUCUUAGUUUUUUCCACAGCUUUUUUACUACACAUACAUACAUAUACAUGUAUACACACACAUUUACAUGUGCCAUAUAUAUUUUUUAUUGUGCUGUGAUGUUUUACUCAAUGUUUGAAUCUUUCUAAUCGUAUAGUAUCCACAUAUUGUGAGCUGCAGAUGAAAACCUUUCCUGUGAGUAUUAUUAUAUAUUAUAUUAUAUAGUAUAUGUUAUAUAGUAUAUAGUAUAUAUUAUAUAGUAUUAUUAUAUAUUAUAUUAUAUAUUAUUAUAUAGUAUAUGUUAUAUAGUAUAUAUUAUAUAGUAUUAUUAUAUAUUAUUAUAUAUUAUAUAGUAUUAUUAUAUAUUAUAUUAUAUAGUAGUAUUAUAUUAUUAUAUUAUAUAGUAUUAUUAUAUAGUAUAUAUUAUAUAGUAUUAUUAUAUAUUAUAUAGUAUAUAUUAUAUAGUAUUAUUAUAUUAUUAUAUUAUUUAUUGACUGACUAUGGUUUUCCAGAUCGCCCAACACUGCUAUUUGUAAGGUUCAUUUUAAGUGCAUGUGAUUUUCUAACCAUUCCUGAACCUAUGACCCGAAACUAGCUACAUCAGGGCAAUACCAGAAUAAAUUAUCUAUUUAUUCUGUCUCUUCGCAACAAUAUCUACAGAGCUGAGAUUGUUGUAUUGUUGCCCCAUAUAUAUAGCAUUCUGUUAGCGGCAAUAAUUUUAUAUAAUCAUUUAAAUUGAGUGUUUUUUGUACCCGUUCAUAAACCAUGUGCCAUGGAAUUGGUAAAUUGAAAA